AUGGAAAUGUGGAGUCCUUUGAUGUUGAAACAGAAUAGGAAAGGAGCAGCUAAGAGUUCUGGAAAAUUUAUAGUGCUCGCCUUGUCUGAGAACAUAUUGUCAUCUAACGAGGAAAGGGUGCGACGGUGCAUGGCUUUGGAUCCGGGCUGCUCAAUAAGUGGUGUUGCGGUUGGGUCUAUUUCACACUUCUCCGGGACUGUCGAAGAUGAGUACGAUGGUGGUUUUAAUUUUACGAUUGAAGGUUGGACAUCGUCGAAAUCGAACUUGAAAGUAGAGGUGCCCGUCCCACCAUCUUCACCCGGUCACGGUGGAAAUAAACCGCUUGCUCCGCCGUCCUAUGCACCUGUACCACCCUCUUCACCCGGUCACGGUGGAAAUAAAGUUGCGCCUCCGUCCCAUGUAAGUCAAUCUGGUCCUGCUUUGAACUUUGGUGCACCAGUACCACCAUCUUCACCCGGUCACGGUGGAAAUAAACCGCUUUCGCCUCCGUCCUAUGUCAGGCAAACUGGUCGUGCUUUGAACUUUGGCGUACUUCCUCAGGCACCUGUACCACCUUCUUCACCCGGUCACGGCGGAAAUAAACCCGUUUCACCAUCUAGGCCUGUACACGUCGGAAAAUAA